AUGAAAGAGAAGGCUAUUAUGUCUCCCUCCGAGACAACUCCACUUCUUGUGCCGGUCCAGGUCGCUCCCCAGCGCCACCGAUAUCCUCAUGACAAGCUACGCCGAGCCUGCAGUUAUUCCCUAAGUCUAAUCCUCGCAGUAGCCCUUGUCUUAUUCCUAUUCCCUCAGGCUCUUUUCCCCCGUGAGGGCGGUUCGCUCUGGUCGUAUCUUCCUGGCGCACAGCCUUACCCCAAUACCUGGCCGAGCGGCAACGGCCUUGAUCAGGAGGAGCUCCAGACCCUCCUCCUGGGUACCCCGUCUGCGGCCCGUGCCCGCGAAUGGAGCAAGUAUUAUACUUCAGGACCCCAUCUUACAGGUAAAAACCUCAGCCAGGCGCUGUGGACAAAGGAGCGUUGGGAAGAAUUCGGCAUCGCUGAUACCAAGAUCGCUACUUAUGACGUUUAUCUCAACUACCCUCUCGACCAUCGGCUGGCUUUAUACCAAGGCGGUAACAUCAGCUAUGAAGCUUCGCUGGAAGAGGAUGUCCUAGAGGAAGAUAGUACCAGCGGUUUACCCGAUCGCGUACCGACCUUCCACGGAUAUUCAGCAAGUGGAAACGUCACGGCUUCGUUCGUCUUUGUCAACUUUGGCACCUAUGCCGACUUUGAGGACCUGGUCAAUGCGAAUGUUAGUCUCUCUGGCAAGAUUGCGAUUGCCAAGUAUGGUCGCGUCUUCCGUGGUCUGAAAGUAAAGAGAGCGCAGGAGCUUGGCAUGGUUGGCGUGGUUCUGUAUGAUGAUCCACAAACAGAUGGAGAGUACACGGAAGAGAAUGGUUACAAACCAUAUCCCGAAGGCCCGGCGAGGAACCCCAGUGCUGUUCAGCGGGGUAGUACCCAAUUCUUGAGUAUAGGCUUUGCUCCCGGUGACCCUACUACUCCCGGCUAUCCAUCCAAGCCUGGUUGUGAGAGGCAGGAUCCUCAUCACUUUAUUCCAUCUAUCCCGUCAAUUCCCGUUUCCAAUAGGGACGUUCUUCCUCUUCUCAAGGCCCUUAACGGCCAUGGUCCAAAGGCAUCCGACUUCAAUGAGGCGUGGCAAGGCGGUGGUCUUGCAUAUAAGGGCGUGGAGUAUAACAUCGGACCUUCGCCGGAUGAUCUUGUCAUCAACCUGUAUAAUGAGCAGGAAUACGUGACUACUCCUCUAUGGAACGUCAUCGGUGUUAUUCCAGGCUCGCUUCCUGAUACCAUCAUUCUGGGCAACCAUCGCGAUGCCUGGAUUGCCGGCGGUGCGGGAGAUCCAAACAGUGGCUCGGCUGUGCUGAACGAGGUCGUUCGUAGCUUUGGUGAAGCUCGGCGCGCUGGCUGGAAGCCGCUCCGUACUAUUGUCUUUGCCAGCUGGGAUGGUGAAGAGUAUGGGCUACUAGGUUCCACAGAGUGGGUAGAAGAUCAUCUCCCCUGGCUUUCCAAAUCCAAUGUUGCGUACCUGAACGUUGAUGUCGCCGCGUCUGGAACCCGGCUUGCCCCCAACGCAAGCCCGCUUUUGAAUAAGCUCAUUUACGAAAUCACUGGCCUUGUUCAGUCACCCAACCAGACCGUUCCGGGACAGACUGUCCGUGAUGUCUGGGAUGGUUACAUUGGAACAAUGGGUAGUGGCAGUGAUUUCACUGCGUUCCAGGACUUCGCUGGCAUUCCUAGUUACGAUCUCGGAUUUAGCCCCAGCAGCCAAGACCCUGUCUACCAUUACCACUCCAAUUACGACAGUUUUGACUGGAUGCAGCGAUUCGGCGACCCUGAUUGGCUUUAUCAUGAAGCAUGCGCCAAGAUCUGGGCUCUGGCCGCCGCGAAGCUAGCCGAAACUCCCGUUUUAUUCUUUAAUGCCACUGACUACAGCCUUGGGUUGGAGGAGUAUGUGGAUCGGAUCAGACCUGCUGCGGACAAUCUUCCGAACGGCCUGACUUUUGACUUCGGUCCUCUCUACGAAGCGAUUAGCAGGUUGCAGAAGACGGCAAUUGAGUUCGAUGCCUAUGCAGCGGACCUGACGUCCCAGCUCACGGAGGAGCUUCCAUGGUAUCUCUGGUGGAAAAAAGUCCGGUUGUUCUUCCUGAUCCAUGAGGUCAACACUAAGUACAAAAAUAUCGAACGCCAAUUCCUGUACCAGCAGGGAUUAGACGGACGUAGCUGGUUCAAGCACGUGGUAUUUGCCCCUGGUCUCUGGACUGGUUACGCCGGUGCGACAUACCCCGGUAUUGUGGAGAGCCUGGAAGCUGGAGACGUAGCUAACGCCGCGAAAUGGCAGUAUAUCGUCAUUGAGCGCGUCAAGGCUGCAACAGAACUGCUCCAGUAGGAGGCGCUCUGAGUGUGCGUGCAUGAAGGCCUGCUUAGCCAAGCAGGGAUCGAGACCCAUCCCAUGCAGAUACGAUGAAUCACACAGUCGGCAGUUGUCGAAUCCCGCGAAUGUACAAACUUAGGCGCCCCAUCUGAAAUUU